GUCAAAGUUAUUAUCGAUAAGUUUGGAAUUCUGUUUUACCGAUCGGGAAAAAGUUAACCUGAAACAACGUGGUCUCGUUCUUUCCUUCGAUUCAUCGAAAAAGUGUGGUUCGAAGAUCUCGUGUUUACGAGUUUUCCCGUAAUUUCGAUACCUUCUUGGUAAAAAUAUAAUAAAAUGGUUGCCCAAAAGAAACAGAAAAAGGCUAUUGAAAGCAUCAACAGCCGUUUGGCUCUAGUAAUGAAAUCUGGCAAAUUUUGUCUAGGAUACAAGCAAACUUUGAAGACCCUCAGGCAAGGUAAAGCUAAAUUAAUCAUUAUAUCCAACAAUACACCUCCACUAAGAAAAUCCGAAAUUGAAUACUACGCUAUGUUAGCCAAAACCGGAGUACACCAUUAUUCCGGAAACAACGUAGAAUUGGGUACAGCUUGUGGAAAAUACUUCAGGGUGUGCGCCAUGUCCAUCACCGAUCCUGGAGACAGUGAUAUCAUUAGGUCCAUGCCAGCUGCAGAAGGCGGAGAAAAAUAGAUUUAUUUUUAAGUUGGAUUUUAUAAAUUAAGAUAUUAUGUUUUGUGAAUAAAAAGUGGACCACAUACGUU